AUGAGCGAAAGUAGCUUAGAAGCUGCACAUAUUCUCCUCUUCCUUGACUUCGACAAUACGCUUACUACUGCAUCCACACUCGAGUACAUAGCUUCUAUUGCGACCACUGCUAAAUUAAUUGGUGAUAAGCAGCCUGCUCUUCAUCCGAAAUUGACUCGGAUAUCGCAGUGUUACAAGAGUGAUCUUGCGAGGCAUAAUGAAGCCUACAAUUUCAAAAAAGAACAACGACGAACACUUGCUCAUGAGGCUGCGUAUCUGGAUUCGUUAAAGCAUGUAGAAGCCGCAAGUCUCGACCGUGUCGUGGGUCAAGGUCUAUUUAAGGGUGUAACGCCCCAAAUGGUCGAAGAAGUCGCUCAAGCAAGCCUGCGUCAGAAGCACGUGAGCUUGAGAAAAGGCUGGCAAUCACUCAUUGGUGCUGCACAAGCGACCGGUGUGGCAUACGUCAUCUCUGUUGCGUGGUCCAAGAGAUUUAUUGAGCACAUACUUCGAGCCUCUGACCCAGACAUGCAAGUAAGCCGCAAUGCCGCGACUUUCGAUGCUGAGAGGAUUGCAGUCAAUGCAAAUGACAUUGCUGAGGACGGUAGUGGCCUGAUCAUAGGCUCCAAGAUUCUGACGGGAAGGCGAAUACUUACCUCCACCGACAAGUUGGAAGUUAUGAGGAAGUUGGCUGGUGAUUUUACGGAGAACAGUCUGUCGGCGGCAAAGUUUCAGCGUAUCAAGACCAUUUACGUGGGUGAUUCCAUGACAGAUUUAGAAUGCCUGAUGGAAGCAGAUCUGAGCAUUUGCAUUCAAGACGAGCCUCCGACGAGAGACCAAGAACAGCUAGCGCAAACGUUGCAUAGGCUUGGUGUAGCUUUACGCCCAAUCAGCCAGCGAAGGAUGGCGACCAAAGACAGAAAGGUUGACAGAUCAGCUGAUUGGGCUGAAGAACGGUUGACCAAGACUGUGUGGAUUGCAAAAGACUUCGAAGAGAUUUCACAGUAUGGUCUCUAUGGUCUUUGA